AUAGUUGCAGCAAUAAUGGCAAUCACAGGGAUUGUGAUGAUGGCAUAUGCAGAUGGUUUCCAGGGCGAUUCAAUUAUUGGGGUGGCAUAUGCUGUGGGAUCAGCCUCCACGUCUGCCUUGUAUAAGGUUUUGUUCAAAAUGUUCCUGGGAAGUGCAAACUUUGGGGAAGCAGCUCAUUUCGUUUCUACCCUGGGCUUCUUCAAUUUCAUCUUCAUCUCUGUCACCCCAAUCAUCCUGUAUUUUACAAAAGUGGAGUACUGGUACCCCUUCUCUGCUGUGCCAUGGGGUUACCUGUGUGGAGUAGCAGGUCUCUGGUUAGCUUUCAAUAUUCUGGUUAACGUUGGUGUUGUGCUUACAUACCCCAUUCUGAUCUCCAUCGGCACAGUGCUCAGCGUCCCUGGAAAUGCAGCUGUGGAUCUCCUGAAGCACAAAAUGAUCUUCAGCGUUGUGAGACUGGGAGCCACCAUCAUCAUUUGCAUUGGGUUCCUGCUCAUGCUGCUCCCUGAGGAAUGGGAUGAAAUAACCCUGAGGUUCAUCAACAGCUUGAAGGAGAAGAAAAGUGAAGAUCAUGCAGAUGACAUCACAGAAUCCAGUGUACACACGAGAAGCAGAAGCAGAGCUAAUGGGACAGUGUCUAUACCACUAGCUUAGGGCUGGUGGACUUUCCCUGCACGCAGAUGUAUAUUCUGUGAAUAUAGCUUAAAUUUCCUCACUACUUGUAUGCUUAUAAAUUACAUUUAACCUGAACAGGGGAAGGACUGUAAGAUAAGAGAAAUACAUCUAUAAUAAAUGUUUACAUUUAUACACUUAUCAAGGAACGGGUGUAAAUAACUGCAAUAAAAUGUUUUGUAAUAAAAAAAAA